AUGGGUCUUGCACGAGCGCUCUCUGCUUUUGUCAAGAAGAGGUCUGAGAGUCCGUGGGAGGUAGUGGACAGCAAGGACGUGGAACCCGUUCCCGUCUGGGACGACGAAGAUGACCUUGACAUUGUGUUCAUCCAUGAAACAGCCAUUUCUCGCACGUACAUAUUCGACGUCUCACGAGAUAAGGACUUCAAGAACGCUGUGGUGUUUGCUCAGCAAAAGAUGCUCGAGGAAGUGAAUGACAAGGGGUACAAUGUUCUUUGGUGUGAAGGAUGGAGGGCAACCCUUCUUCGGAAAGGGAAGAGACAUCGAGUUGAAGUCAGAUAUAAGGGGCGACCUGCACGUCUCUCCGGAAAGCCACUUGUGUCGCAGCUCCCUCCGUUCAUGGGCGUUCUCGACGAGAUGCGCUACUCUACACACUUCACGCCGUAG